AUGAUGUGGGAGCUGAAGUCUAUCUCCUUUUGGAGGGCAGUCUUUGCAGAGUUUUUUGCCACCAUGCUCUUCGUAUUUUUUGGACUGGGCUUUACCAUGCGAUGGUCUCCGGGCCCCAUGAACGUGCUGCUGGUUUCUCUGGGUUUUGGCUUUGUCCUGGCUGCCCUGGUCCAGGCGGUUGGACAUGUCAGCGGGGCACACCUCAACCCGGCCGUUACCUUCGCCUACCUGCUUGGGGCGCAGCUGAGCAUAUUCCGCUGUGUAAUGUACAUGAUCGCUCAGCUCCUGGGGGCAGUGGCGGGGGCAGCUGUGCUGUAUGGGGUCACCCCUCCCUCGGUCCGGGGCAACCUGGGGCUCAACACGCUGCAUGCUGGAGUGGGUCUGGGCCAGGGUACAGCUGUGGAGAUAUUCCUUACUCUUCAGUUCGUUCUCUGUAUUUUUGCCACAACAGACAUUCGCAGAAAUGGAUUUAUGGGCUCAGCAGCUAUCAUCAUUGGUUUUUCUCUCACUGUGGGUCAUUUCUUUGGGCUGUAUUAUACAGGAUGUGGAAUGAAUCCAGCCCGUUCCUUUGCACCAGCCAUACUUACGAGAAACUUUGGAAACCACUGGGUAUUCUGGGUAGGUCCUCUCAUAGGAGGUGCUAUAGCAGCACUGCUUUAUGACUUUAUCCUCUUCCCCAGGAUGAGAGGUCUUUCAGAGAGACUGGCUAUUCUUAAAGGAGCUCACCCUCCAGAAGCUGAGGGGCAACAAGAACCUAGGAGUGAGCCCAUCGAACUCAAAACACAAGCCUUAUAA